UUUCCAAAUGACUGUGAUGUUUGUCAAGGAAGUAAACAAAGUGAGGAUUUAACACUGCGUCACAAAGUUCGUCUGAGUCUGUCAAAGUGAGUGUUAGUGUCGCGACUGUGGUCCGACUGUCCGUGUUCAGAGUCGUGAUGUCGGUGGUGACGGUGAAGGCCUACCUGCUGGGGAAGGACGAGGCGGUGCGAGAGAUCCGCAGGUUCACGGUGGAUCACGACGUUUCCUCCAGCUUCGAAUACCUGAACCGAAAGACGGCGGCGACGUUCAGCAACCUGAGGAGCGACAUGUUCCACAUGUUCUACAGAGAUGAAGAUGGAGACCUGGUGGCGUUUUCCUCUGAUGAUGAACUGAUGAUGGGUCUGACCUGUUUGAAGGACGACACCUUCCGCCUCUUCAUCAAAGAGAAGAAGGAGCACCGUCGAGACUUCCCUCUCCACGCCUUCCCCCCCUUCACCUUUGCCCCCCCUCCUCCUCCUCCUCCUGGAGCUCCUCAUGCCCCGCCCCUUCGCCUGGCCCCACCCCCCGCGCUGCACCCUAACAUCACGUGCGAUGGCUGCGACGGUCCCGUGGUGGGAACUCGCUUCAAGUGUUCCGUUUGUCCAAACUACGACUUGUGCUCCGGCUGCCAGGCUCGAGGGACGCACACCGAGCACGCCCUGCUGCCCAUGUGGCACCCGCUGCAGCAGUGGUUUCCUCGGGGGAAGUGGAUGAAGAGGAUGAGACACUGCAUGGGGAAUCGGAAACAGGACCAGGGUCAGAACCAGGACCAGGGUCAGAACGAGGCUGCAUCCGGACCUGCAGCUGACUGUGCCUCUCAGGACAAUGUGGACUUCCUGAAGAACAUCGGAGAAGGUGUGGCAGCCAUGUUGAGUCCACUGGGUAUCGACGUGGAUAUCGAUGUGGAGCAUGACGGUCAGAGGUCAAAGGUCAACACUUCAUGUCAGAGUCUGGGGGACGACGUGGAGAUGGGGGGAUCAAAGGGGAGUAGUGAUGAGGAGUGGACUCACCUGAGCUCCAGAGAGGUCGACCCUUCCACCGGAGAACUGCAGUCCCUCCAGCCCGAGGACCAGGACCAGGACCCCUCUACAGAGGGACAGCCGGGUCCAACGGGUCUGAGGGAGGCAGCUCUUUACCCCCACCUGCCUCAAGAGGCCGACCCCCGCCUGGUGGAGUCUCUGUCCCUCAUGUUGUCCAUGGGCUUCACGGACGAGGGCGGCUGGUUGACUCGACUCCUUCAGGCCAAAACCUUCGACAUCGGAGCCGCGCUCGACGCUAUCCAGUAUGCCAAGAAGCCCCGCCCACACCAGCCCUGAUGACAUCAUCACUUAUACUCUACCAGUGACAUCAUCACCUGAUUUUCAUUGAUUAUCAUUGUUGUUGAUCAAUACAUUUAACUCAUUGAUUAUUGUUUUAUUCAUUAGUAACAUGUUUGUUUAAUCUAAACAAUAAAAACUGAACUGAA